UCGACGUAACAGAAAAAUACAUUUUCGGCCCCAAACCUCUCAGUGACAUUCAUGAGCGUCUCUUCCUCACUGCAGACCCGGCAGGUCCAGGCUUUAUCCAUCAGUACCAUGACUUGUGAAACCUCCGGGGACGCUGUGGCGCAGCCUGAGAAGUCUGAGGCCAAAGUGGUGAGGAGAGACGGCGUGUUUCGCUCUGUUGUGCGCAGCCUCCUCUGGCCUUUCAGCGUCGUUGUAAGGGCCUUCCGCGCAGUUGUGUGGGCGCCUCAGCAGAAAAGCCUUUCCUGUGCCGUGAUUUCCAGCCCGGCACGUCACAGCCUCACUGGCCAUAAGCGCCUCUCCCGGCUCACCCGGCUGGUGCUGCGGAUCCUACCCUUCUGGGCGCAGGCCGCCCUGGGCUACCCGGUGUCCCGCAGCAUUGGGCUUUUAUUGUCCCCAGAAGUCAGUGUCUCUCCUACUAAACCAUGUGGAAAAGGCAACAAGAGAAAAAUUGAUGAGCUUGAUGACGACGAUGAGGAGGAUGACCCAUUCUGGGUGGUUGCGCUUUCUGAGAAACUUCCAGAUGAUGACUCAAAUGAUCCUGACUAUGAGGCCACCGCAGAAGAGACAGACAGUGAGGAAUUUGCCUCAGAAAACGAUACAGAAAGUGAUCUUGAGAUUUCAGGAAGGGGUGUCGUUAUUGAGGAUGUGAACACGGAUGUUGCUGUGCCCAUGCCUUCUGAGGGGUCUACAGCUGUUUAAUCUUUUCAUAUGCUGUGAUUUUUUUUUUGUAUAUAUAUAUAUUUGGUAAUUCAAUAAAACUUUAUUUUGCUCUAA